GCGUACGAUGGAUCAUGAUUCGAUGGUCGCACAAGGACUCGAGCUAGUAUCUGUUGGCCGAUCAAUUGCUUCCCGGACCGCGCUCGCAGUGGAUAUCUAUUUGGCGAGGUGAGCUUAAACCAAAACAAGGAUAACCGUAGCAUAAUUUUAUGACAAAUGAAAGAAAAAAAUAAGUGUUCAAGUUAAAUACAUCCAAGAAAAUACAUCAAAAAUUUUAUAUGUUUACUAUAAUGUGAUUGUGAGUUGUGUUAGUUCAUGCCGAUUAAGGCUACUGACGUGUAUUAUAUAAUUCAUAAAGUGAAAAAAAAACAUUUGGAAAAACUGUAUCAGCAAUGGUUGAACCAGCUCUGAAACUAUCCAAUGGUCCCGGAACCCUGUGCAAGGUAUGUGGAGACCGAGCUUCAGGAAAACAUUACGGAGUUCCGUCGUGUGACGGUUGCCGUGGAUUUUUUAAACGUAGCAUCAGAAGGAAUCUCGAAUAUGUAUGCAAGGAGGGUGGAAAAUGUAUUGUAGAUGUAUCCAGACGAAAUCAGUGUCAGGCAUGCCGUUUUGCAAAGUGUCUACAGGCAAACAUGCGGCGGGAAGCUGUUCAACAUGAACGUGCCCCGCGUAACUGUGCGCCUUUUUCUGCUAUCAGCGGAAUAAAUCCAUCCGAUUUUUACGCUUCCCGUCCUUUCACGAUGCCACAGACAAAUCUUUUCUUUCCUCUCCCGCUCCACAUAACUUCAUCGUCAGCCUUCACCCCGAUGGAGACAAACCGAUUCUUAUCACCCUACGGGGGAACAACGAUGUUUGAUCACUUCCCACCGACAGCAUUCGGUACGUCGCCGAUGCCAAACAUUCCUAACCUGAAAACAUUAGACAAACCCCUUUCGGAAUCGAUAUUUACCAAGAUCACUGGAGACAUGUCUUCCCUUCAGUCCCCACCCGUACAUUCCAUCAGUUCCAUUCUGAACACCAGCAGCACAGCCAAAGAAAAUGAAGUUAGUAGCUCGGAAGAAUGUACCAAUCAACCGACGGUGGCUGCAAGGGUUGAGAAGACGGAAACGGACACACUGUUUGAAACAGCUGCAAAACUCCUUUUCCUGGCAGUUAAAUGGGCAAAAUCGGUCCCGUCGUUUCUUCAGCUACCAACCGCGGAUCAAAAAGUCUUGCUGGAGGAAUCUUGGGCAGAGCUAUUUGUGAUUACGGCGGCUCAGUGGGGUUUACCGAUCGAUGGAGAUUUCAUAGCUCGUAACCCAUCCGCCAUUAAACUGCAAACCGCCAUCCAACAAUUCACGGUGGCCCGAGUCGACUAUAGAGAAGCAGCCUGCUUGAAAGCUUUGAUCCUAUUUCGAUCCGAUCACACAAACCUUCACUCGGUGCACGAUGUUCUAUUGCUUCAGGAUCAAACCAUCGGAUUAUUGCACGAGAAGUGCGGUGGUGUUCGUUUAGGGCAUCUGCUACUGCUCUUACCCGGAAUAAAAUCGGCUGCCAACCCGAAGAUUCUUCAAGAAAUGCUGUUCAGGAAAACCGUUGGCGAAGUUGCCAUCGAACGGCUAUUGCUGGAUUUGAUGAAAACAUAGAUCUGUUUAAAACAUUCCAUCUCAAAUAAUGUGAACACUCGGAUAUCAUUCUAGUCUUAUAGUGCAGUGUACGUGAUUUAAUUAGAAAACAAUUGAAGUUGA